CCUCAGUGUUCAUUGAGCAGUCUUUCAAGCUGACAGCCGAAAUACGGAUCGUGUUGGAAUCGAAUUCAAGCUAUAGCUUAAGGAAAUUCACCUUUUUUUACUUUCUUUUUUAAUUUAUCGGUAAAAGAUUGCCAUGUCGCCUGCUGCACAGAACCAAAUAAAUUUUCCUUGCCGAAAAUUAAGCGUACGUCGAAAGAUGGAUUUUGACCGUGAUCUCGCUAGUCCUACAAAAUCGCCUCGUAAAGAAACAAGUGAUGUAGCUAAUGAGGCUGAGCAGUCAGUGAGGUUGACUCGAUCUUCAUCAAGGAGAGCUCAGACACCAACUCCUUCCAUACCUCAUGCAGUUCGCUUAAGUCCUAGAAAAGUCCAUAGAAAUCUCUUCAAAAAUACUGUUGCUUCUUCUCCUGCUAAAGAAGCACCAUUGAGUUUGAUGACCAAAAUAUGCAGUCCUAAAAAAGCUGCUGUGAGAGGAAAUGAAGAAAAUCACAAAGGAGGUGCUCUGUUGAAUUCUCCGGUUAAAUUGAAACUGCAUCACCCAAAUGUUACAAGCUUUGCUAAGGCACGCCAAGCCCUUCAUACUACAACUCCAAGCACUAUUUUUUGCAGAGAUAAAGAGCUGGCCGUAAUUGAGAAUUUUAUGAGGCCCCUUAUUGAUGAAAGAAAACCAGGCAGCAUGUACAUAUCAGGAAGGCCAGGAACAGGCAAAACUGCAUGUGUAACACACAUCUUGUCCAACAAAACUUUCUCAGGAAGGUUUGAGUUAAUUUUUGUCAACUGCAUGUUACUUCGCACCCCUGCCUCUAUAUUCCAACACAUUGCUCAGCAGCUGGAUGCAAAAUGGAAUGCUUCUGCCAGAGAAGCAUUACCAUUUCUGGAAGACAGACUCACAGACACGGGACCUAUGAUUGUUCUCGUUUUGGAUGAAAUUGACCAAAUGUCAACCAGAGAUCAAUCUGUCUUAUACGCGAUCUUUGAACUGCCAGCAUUGAAAAACUCACGACUGAUUUUAAUAGGCUUAGCUAAUGCUUUGGACCUUACUGACCGAGCCUUGGUUCGGCUGCAAAGCCGAGUAAAUUUCAAGCCCGUUCUUCUCAAUUUCUCACCUUACUCAAAACAAGACAUUGCAACCAUUUUAAGCCAGCGAAUCCAGGAAGCUGUCACGGAGGAUGUUGGCAAUGUGAUAGCUCCCUCGGCUCUCCAAUACUUGGGGGGUAAAAUAUCUUCUACCUCCGGUGACCUCCGCAAAGCCAUUGAUAUCUGCAGGCGAGCUGUCGAAUUGGCCGAAACAACAGCAAAAAAGCAACUGGUGUUGGCACCGUCGAAUUCUGAAUCUCAAAACAGCGGAUCUGUUCCGACUAACAAAUGCGUGAACAUCCCUCUUCUGUGUAAGAUGAUGGGCUCAGUUGAAAGUAGUGCCUUCUGCUCUGCCAACAGCGAUGACAUGGACGAUACUCCUCUGCAGCAGAAGCUUAUUAUUGUGACACUUCUCGUGCUAGUCAAAAUGGGAAAAUCAAAGCAAGUGACACUGGGAAAACUGCAUCAGUCAUACAGCAAAGUCUGCUCCAAGUACGGUGUGACAGCCAUAGACUUUGAUGAAUUCGCGCACACCUGUUCCUUGGUCGAGAGCCGAGGCAUAGUGACUUUGAAGAAAAAGGGUAAUACUCGUCUUGCCCCUAUAUGUCUACGACUUGACGAGCGUGAAGUAGAGUCUACACUUAAGGACAAAACUCUUUUAUCCUCAAUCCUGGCACAGGGGUCUUUAUUUGUUUAAAAUGCUGUUUGUGAAUUUAUAUAACCAUGCCCAUGUCUGCCAAAUCUGACGAUAGUUCGAUUACGUAACAGAAAACUACAAUUUUAUCUCAAAUACAAUUCUUCGAUUUUA